AUGACUCCUCUGGUGUUUGCUGGCUGUGUGACAUGUCUGCUCCUGGGUACAGUGGCUUCUUCUUGGGCUCAGAAACCGUCUGCAUCUAUACAUUUUAAAUCAGUUCCUGUGGGUCAGGACUUGACUUUAAAAUGUUCACAUCAAGGCACUCUGGGAGUUUUCUUUUUUUGGUAUAAACAACCUUUGGGACAGAAACCGCAACUCGUGUCAAUUUUUUUUGAUUAUAAAAAAAAUGCAUCUUUUGCGGAUGCUUUCAAAAACGAUCCACGGUUUGAACUAGAAACAAAUAAGGGCAUAAACCACUUGAAGAUCUCAAAUGUGAAAAUGUCUGAUUCUGCCACUUACUACUGCAUUAGUCUCCAUGCUUAUGCACUUACAUUUUUGGAGGGCUAUAGUCUCCUUGUGAAGAACUCUUCAUCUUACAUCCAAACUUCCGUGGAUCAGUCGUCCUCUGAGAACAUCCAUCCAGGAGACUCUGUGACUCUGAACUGUACAGUACACACUGGGAGCUGUGAUGGAGAACACAGAGUUUACUGGUUCAAAGACUCUGAAGACUCUCAUCCAGGACUCAUUUACACGGAUGGAGGCAGGAAUGAUCAGUGUGAGAGAAAGAACACAAAAACACACACCUGUAAUUAUGAUCUGACCAUGAAGAACCUGACUGAGUCUCAUGCUGGGAUCUACUACUGUGCUGUUGCCUCAUGUGGAAACAUACUGUUUGGAAACGGGACCAAACUGGAACUAACAAAAGGGAUUUUUCUUCCAUUUGUGUAUUUCCUGAGUGGAGCUCUGACAGCCUCAAUGAUCUUCUUGAUAUUUUACACAAUACACAAGACAAAGAGCUGCAAAUACAAGGCAACAGAUCCUCAGAACAGGUCCGCUGAUGCUUCAGGACUUUAUGGAGCGGGAGAUGAGGACCUCCAUUACGCUGCUUUAAGCCACAAUAAGACCAAUAAAUCAAGAAGACAGAAGAAAGACAUCAUCAAUGAAUCUGUGUACUCCAGCAUAAAACUGUAG